AUGAUAAUAGAUACAAAAGGACUGGCAUGCACUGAAUUUAUUGAAGCCUAUAAGUAAUUGAAGGAUUUUGUUAAUAAAUAAGUAUCUGGUGCUUUAAGGAAAGACAUGAUCAAAAUUGCAAUUCUAUCUAAAUAUGAGAUUUUCCAAGUAAAAAAUCAAACAUAAGAUCGCUAAACAGAACUAUUUGCCAUUAGAGUAAUACUUGCUGACUUAUUAUUAAAGACAGGAGCUUUAGAUCUUAGCAAGAAUUUAAUUGGUUAGAUUAUGAAUUGUAUCAAUGAAGUAGCAUAAGAGAGUAUUACAAAAGCAGUAAAUAUUCAGAAUGCACUCAUUAAAAGUAAUAAUUAAAGUAGCAAGAUAAGAUUUUCUGAUAAACUUCUAUCUUUCUCCCAAACAAAAUUUUUCGAAAAUGAAGAAAAUAACUAUUAAAAAUAGUCAGUCUUCUAUCCAACUUUAAGAAUGAAAUAGUAAAAGUAUUUGGAAUAUUUACUUCUUCAAAGAGAAUUAUGCUUGAAACUUAAAAAAGAUCAGUAGGCAUUUUAUAUCUAUUCAAUUGCUAAAACAUUUGCCACUGAAGUAUUUGGGAAUAAUAGCCAAGAGUUAAUGUCUAUUGAUAUUUUAACAUUGAUUCAUAAUAAAGCUGCUAGGACUUCAAAAUAGAGUAGUAAAAAAAUGCGAAAAAUUUAAGAGUAGAUUGAUAAGUCAAAGAAUCUUAACAAUAGUAACUAGAAAACUGAGGGUAGUGGUAUUCAUAGAAUUGCAGAUUUUAAUAUAAACACAAUAGCUUAUGAAUAAAAUAACAACUCAACCAUAAGAAAAAACAAUGAAUCAUUUAGAAAUCCAAUGGAAUCUUAAAAUUCGCAAACUUUUAGACAUGUCAUUUAAGAAAUAAAAGAAAUCUAGCCAGUCCUAGUGGAAAAUUUAAAUAAUUCUAGUGCAACAAGAGUGCCACGUAGAUCUCAACAAAUUUUAACAGAUAGAGUACCUUAAAGUGAACUAUAACAGCAAUUUUACCCCUCAAUUUAUCAAUUCUAGAAUCCUUAAUCUACUUCAAACUAAAAGGUUUGGCAUUAAUCUAUUCAGAAUAACAUGAAAGGAGCAAAUAGUAGAUAAAAUGAUGGCGACAGUACCUAAAAUUAAGGUUCAAUAUUGAAGUUUAAGAUAGACGAGAAAGCUUUUCUAAAGUAUAAAAAUAGAUGUUUUAGUAACUAAAAUUAAAACUAAUAAAAAGAUAGAAGAUAAUAAAAAAGCGAGUUCUAAGAAUCCUCAUUAAAUGAUACUCCUCAUCAUAAUAAUCAUGCAGAACUUUAAAAAAAUGAUUAGAAUAAAAAUAUAAUCUAGAAUUUUGAUUAGAGGGAGUUUGCAAUUGAAGUAAAAGAUCAAGCAAUCAGUAUUAUUGAUGAUCACAGCAUAACUUCAGAAGAUGAUUUCUAAAGAGAUGAAAACCAGGAUUCAAUAUCAAGGGCUUAGGUGAACUUAAGCAAUAACGGAGAUAAAAGCAAGACAUUAGUAGAUUUUAAGAAUAGUAGCUCUAUUCUCAACUAAGCAACAAAUAACUGCUCCAUAUAACUAAACGAUAUUUAAAGUAACUUACAACAUUAAAAUAUUGACUUAUUCAUGUACAACAUUGGGGCAAGUAAGGAAUCCAAUAAUAGUAAUUUGGUAAUAAAAAACACACCUUAUGAGCCAGAACUGAAAGUAUAGCUUACUGGGUCAUUAAGUAUAGUCAAAACUAACUUAAAGUAAAAUUUGAAUACUGAAUAGCUAAAUUUACCAAGUUACUUAUUAGAAUCUAACUCAUAGCGUCUUGAGUAGCAUAGAAAUUCUGCUUAAAAUUCAAAUGUUUUCGGUGAAAACCCUGAUAUUCCAUACACCUCAGAUCUUGAAGAAGAAAAAUAGUCAAUGCAUCAAUAUAACCAAGGCUUUAUUUAGAGAAAAUCACUCGAAUAAAACUAUUUGCAACACCAUAACAAUCAUCAUUCACACAAAGUUCCAGAUACUUCUUAUUUAGGAUUGAAUGCUAAUAAUUAAGCUCAGUAAGCAUAAUUGGAAGAUCUUGACAAUCAAAAUAAUUCUUAAGUCGAAACAUCUUUAAGAGCUUUGCAUAAUGUUAAUGAUAAUAUAACUGAUAUCAUACCCCUAGAUCAUCAUAUUUUAGAAGAAAACUUAAAUGAAGAGGAAAAAUUUGAUAUCAAAACUAGUACUGCUAAUAAUACCCAGAGGAAUGCUUUUGUAAACAAUAGAAGUUCAUUAUUUAACUCGCCUAAUGUAGCAAAACUUAACAGACAAUAAAGAAAUCAGAUAACUCAUACCAAUUUGAAUGAUGCAAGUGAGUCUAAUUUGCAAAAUUAAAGAAAUACUAACCACAGUAGAUCUGAUAACUUACCUUAUUAAGCAUCUUUAGAGUGGAAUAAUCUUAAUUCUGAUGUUCAUAAUUAGCAGAUUUAAGAAAGAAUUACUCCGCUAAAUCUUAAUUAAUCAGAUCAAGAAUUAUAAGUAUCUCAAAAUUAAAAUACUAGAGAGUCCAAUAAUCUUUUAGUAAUUAAGAUUUAAAGUUGUGAUUGUUAAAAUUGUUUGAAAAUUUAGGGUGAGAUUAAAUAACUAGUAAAGAUUCAGAGUUAUUUUAGGAUGUGGCUCUAGCAGAAUUAAAUGCGAUUAAGGCAAAGAAAUAUUGAUUCAAAAGCUGAUACUAACCAGGGAAAAAAAAUGAGUACCAAUAGUUUAAUCCUUAACUAAUAAAAUUCAAUUGCUAAUCUUAGUAAUGUUCCUUAGAUUUCAAGUAUGAAUUUUACAUUGGAUGAAAAGAUAACAAUAUAAAUUAAAGAGUAAGAUGAGGAGCAGUUAGAAGAAGAUUCACUUAAAAAGUAGGAUAAUGCCUUAAUUAGAGCCUCGCCUAACAAUAGUUAUUAAAAUAAUUAGAAGCAUGAAUCAAUGGAUACACAUGCAGAUAAUUCAUCGCCAGAAGAAGAGGCUAAAAUUAUUAAUUUUGGAGACAAUGAUAAACCAUAGAAGUUUGGCUUUGAAAUUGCACAAAUUAAUAGAUAGUUAGAUUUUAAAUAAACACACAGUUAACAAGCUCCUAAAAUCUCCAACAUCGUAAUUCAGAGAAAAAAUAUUGGUGAUAAACUUACGAUAGAAGAUAUUACUAUACCUAUGAAAGCAGCAAAUCAAUAAAGAAGAAAGACAAUAUUAAAACCAGAUUUGAAUUUUCAUGACUAAUUAGAGUUUGAUAAGAGCUUCAACAACAAGAUGAGAAAUAACUAAUUAAAGGCGAAUGAAGAGAUUUAGAAAAUGGGAGUUAAAUAAAGAAUUAGAGCUAGAAUUAGAAAUGCUUUAUACAGAUAGUAUUAGCAGUACUAAAUUGAACCACUUAAAGUUAUUAAAAAUAAAAUAUCUAAUAACAUCAAUGGAAAAAGAAUUCAGCUUAUUCAUGUAUUCUUCAAAGGAAAGCAUAUGAUUUAAUAAAUAGAAAAUGGCAACAUUUCUGAUAUAAUUCAGACAAAGCUGAUUAAUUGGAGGAACAUCAAUAGAUUCCAUUUAUCUGGCAUCAAAACAGACGAUUUCCUAGAUUACUAUGAUUAUAAUCACGAAUUGUAAAAAAUAGUCAAAAUAAUAAAAUUCGAUAAAUCUUUGGAUGAAAAGCAGCACGAAAAUCUUUUGAAAAAAGUUGCAUUUGCUAUUGGCAUUAAUAAUGAAUAACAAAAAGAAGUUAGAGAAGUUCAUUAGAUAUCUGUAGAUGAUCUAGCAACAGGCUUAGUUCAUAAAGUAAUUCAUUAAGCAUUUGCUCGCUAUAAAAAUAAAAUUAAGGGUUCAAUGAAUGUAUGGCAUACUAUUGCUGCACAACCAGCUAUUGAUAUUGGAAAUCUUGAUACAUACUUGGAUCAUCUUUUGACGUGGUAGAUUGAAUCUGAUGGUACAAGUUAUUUCUUAAGAGCUAGAUAUAACAAGUUUACAAGACAAAUAAAGAUUGACACAUUGAUACGCAAAUAAUUUCUUAUUUUCGACAAACCCCUUGAAUAUAUUGUACAGAAUGUCUUUCCUGACAUUCUUCCUAACUUAGUGAACUUUCCAAAUAAAAAGGAUUAAGUUUGGGUUGAUGAAUGCCUAAAAGUUUUAAAGACUUGCCUCCCUGCAAUCAUUUACUUAGAUUUACAAAAUAAGAUGAUAAGCAUGAAAAAAAUUGUAAAACAAUAACCUAGUUUCUAAGAAAAGAGAGAUCAAUUAGAUUAUUAUCAGGUAAUGCUUAAAUAGGAUAAGCCUACAACUAUUGAGAGGAAAAAAACUGGCAGGAUGAGCUAAGAGUUUUCGUAAGGAAUAUCUAUAUUUGGUAUUAAUCCAACUCCUCCAAAUCUAUCACCUGAAAUCUCCUAAUAAUCAUUGGGCUAAAAUACCCCAAUUCAUGGUACAAAUUUGAAAUUAGGUUAGUAUUUAAAUAAGCAAGUAUCUCAUUCAGACGAGAAUGAAAAUACGAUUACUAUAGGUAUUCGUAAAGAUCCUCACAGAAAAUCCCUCGCUCCUUAGGUGAGUGACUAAAAUCAAAAGAAAUCUGAAGAAUCAAUAUAAUAUUCACUAAAGUUGCAGGAAACUACUUAUAAUAUCAUCUAUAAAGUGAUUUCCAUGGCAGAUGGUAAGUACUAGCUAUAAGCGACUAUGAUUGAUGAUAAAGGAUAACCGGAAGAUUAAAUCUAAGAUAGGGACAUGGCAAUUAAAUACAAAAAGAUAAAAGAUUAAGAUAAAGAUAAAGAUAAGGAAAAGGAAAAAGAAAAAGAAAAAUUCUAUUUAUUCAAAUUUAGUGAUAUUCAAAGAUAUAUCACAAUCUUUCAUGCUUAUAUAAGCUAGCCAGCUAUUUGUGAAACAAUUACUGAUGUUCUUACGAUGAUUGAUAAGAAACAUCGGAUUAGGUUUGAUGAAAUAGAAAAUGCAAAUGAUGAAAGUUAUUGA